CACGCCGAGUGGCCUUCAUUUGCCUCUCCGUCUCGCCCUCGUCUGUUCUCUCUCUCUCUCGCUCGCUCGCUUGCCCCUGACUGCCACCGUUAUCCUUCCCUUCGUUGGUUGGCUAUACUCCCCACAAUCUUUUUUGGCCUGGACCGGAGGCUCCCGGACGAUCCUAUGGUCUCUCUUCGAUUCCACCGUUAAUCCACCAUCUUUCCUUUAUCCAACUCGGUCGGAACCCACAAGCGUGGUCCCCCGGACGUAACGCUACCGCCGUAUCCUUGGCCUUGCCCGCAUGUCGACUGGCGUUGACAGUCGACACUUUCAAGGUACAUCGCCCUUUGUCUCGUCAGGCUCCAGACCUAGCAGACGUUCGGUGUCGCACCCCUCCGAACCCGCAAUCACUACAGCCAGCUUGGACAAAUCGAUCAAUAAAUCUCGUCGCAGUUUCUCCAGCGCCAUGAUGUCCCAAAGUCAGCGGUCCCGCUACCUCAAGACAGGUGCGAUUGUUGGGGCUGUGCUUCUUAUGCUGUUCUGGCUUUCGCCGUCUAAGCCUACAGUGAGCAAUCUCGGGACUCAGCAACCUUCCACCGGUGUCGCUCCCCUCACGGACAAGUGCACAAAGCCUCAUGACCCCUCCAAGCCUCUGAUUCAGUAUGCGCUCAUGAUCGACGCUGGAAGUCAGGGCUCUCGGAUUCACGUUUACCGCUUCAACAACUGCGGCCCUACUCCCGAGCUUGAGAACGAGGUCUUCGAGCAGACCGAGAAGAGACAGGGUGGUUCCGGACUUAGCUCCUACAAGGAAGAUGCGGAGGGAGCUGCCAAGAGUCUGGAUCCCCUCAUGCAGGUGGCUCUUAAGUCUGUCCCCGCCGAAUAUCAGUCUUGCUCCCCUGUUGCCGUGAAGGCCACCGCCGGACUGCGUAUGCUCGGACCCGAAAUGAGCCAGCGAAUCCUGGAGGCCGUCAGGACUCGCCUGGAGACCGUCUACCCUUUCCCUGUUGUCUCCCGCGAAAUGGGCGGUGUCCAGAUCAUGGAUGGUUCGGAUGAGGGCGUGUACGCUUGGAUCACGACCAACUACCUUCUUGGUAAGAUUGGCGGCCCUGACGAGACCCCUACCGCUGCUAUCUUCGACCUGGGAGGUGGUUCCACUCAGAUUGUCUUCCAGCCCACAUUCCCCAAGAGCCCGUCGGGUGGUAUGCCCGAGAAACUGGCCGAGGGCGACCACAAGUAUGCGCUGCAGUUCGGUGGUCGACACUUCGACCUGUACCAGCACUCUCACCUGGGUUAUGGGCUGAUGGCCGCCCGGGAGGCUGUUCACAAGGCUAUUGUCGAGGCCAAGCUGGCCGCUAGCACCGUCGAUAUGUCCUGGUUGAAGCAGCCGAUCUCCAACCCCUGCAUUGGACCCGGUAUGGAGCGUGAUGUGGAGCUGACCUUUGACAAUGACCACGCGCUCGCGGGCAAGGUUACUGUGAAGAUGGUGGGCCCGAAGGAAGGCACCAAUGCCGCUGCCCAAUGUCGUGGUCUGACUGAGAAGAUCCUCAACAAGGAUGCUGGCUGCAAACUGGCGCCAUGCUCGUUCAACGGUGUCCACCAGCCCUCUCUGGAGAAGACGUUUGCCCGCGAAGAUGUGUACAUCUUCUCCUACUUCUUCGACCGCACCAAGCCCCUGGGCAUGCCCGACUCGUUCACGCUGGAGGAGCUGCACCAGCUCACGGCGACGGUGUGUGCGGGCGAGCCGGAGUGGAGCAUCUUCGAGGGCGUAGAGGAUGCUCUGCCGCAACUGCGCGACCGGCCCGAGUGGUGCUUGGACCUGAACUUCAUGCUGGGUCUGUUGCACACGGGAUACGAGAUGCCGUUGUCGCGCGAGGUCAAGAUCGCGAAGAAGAUCAAGAACAACGAACUUGGCUGGUGUCUGGGUGCAAGCUUGCCCCUGCUGAGCCAGGAAUCCGGCUGGACGUGCCGGGUGAAGGAGGUUUCCUAAGCGGAUGACGGUGAUGCGGCGACGAUAGUUAAUAAACAUGGAGCUUUGCUCUGACGUAUACAAUCUAAUCUUCUGCAAAUAGAUUGUUGACAUUCGCUGUUCGGCUGUCCAACUUGUGUUAUUAGACCUGUUGGUGUUGUGUAUGGGUAUGAUUACUAUGUGAUGAUCUAUGAUGCUGACCUCGUAGCGAACGUAUACCAACUUUUGU